AUGAGAGGUUCUCUCAUGGUACAUUUACGGGUAGCACACUUUGGAUUCUUGUCGGGAAAUUGCAAUUCAGAUAGUAGCAUACAAAAGUUAAACAACGGGUCGGACCAACAAGAUGAAAAACCUACUAGUUUAGAAAGAAGUGAUAAUAAGCAAUGGCAAUGUGAAGUUUGUCGUAAAUGUUUUACCACAAAAUACUUCUUGAAGAAGCAUAAACGUCUACAUACAGGUGAAACUCCUUACGCUUGUAUACAAUGUAACAAAACAUUUACCUUUCAACAGUCGUAUCAUAAACAUCUUCUAUAUCAUAACGAUGAGAAACCACAUACAUGCACUUAUUGCGGACGAGCUUUUAAAGAACUUUCAACUUUGCACAAUCAUCAACGAAUUCAUACUGGCGAAAAACCCUUUUCAUGUGAAACAUGUGGUAAAUGUUUUCGACAGCGGGUUUCUUAUUUAGUUCAUAGACGUAUACACACUGGAGUAAUGCCCUAUAAAUGCACAGCUUGUCAAAAGAGUUUUCGGUACAAAGUAUCCCAAAGAACUCAUAAAUGUCAAGCACAACCACCUGGAACAGUGGUACGACAAAGUGGCGAGCUUGUGGAAAAAUUGAAAAGGAAACAUGAUCAUCCAGUAGAAAAAAUAGUAGGAGAGGAAUCAAAACUACACAAUAAUUUGUCUUACACAGAUGUCUCGGAAGCUAAUGCGGAACUUGUACGUACGGGAGCGAAGUUAUCAUUAGAAGACAUGGAAUCAGAACACUUUUCCUUAAUAGCCGAUAUGACUGAAAAUGUAGAUAACAAUAAAUUUUCAACUUUGCUGAAAUGUGAUACUCAGAUUUUAGAAGCGAAUAGUAAUAAUGAAAUAUUUAAUACCAAUAUAGACGCGCUAUUUGAAUCCAUACCCAUAGAAGAUAAAGACGUUCCAUCACCUUCAGAAAUUCUUAAAAAUUUAUGUCUGUCUAAAAAAGAAAAUUAUACAAGUAUACUUCAUGAGGAAGAAAGUAAUAAAAGUUAUGACAUACCUAAAGACUUUAAUGAAUUUAUUUGA